CUUUCACCUUCCAAAAUUUUGCGGGAACCUGCUAAGAUUGAGUUGAUGAAUAAACUUGAGAUAGACAAACGUCAACACAGUAAUAUGGGUGAUAUUCAACACCAAGAAGUGAUCCCACAUAACUCCGGUUCGCCCAAGUCGUCAUUCAAUCUAGAUGAACCUCCUAUGGUGUUUCAGUGUGCUCAGUGUAACGUUAUUGUUGGGGACUCAACAGCAUGGGUCUGCAUAGACGAUAUAUCUAGGACAAUAACACUUAACAAUGUAACGAGUGCAGUAGUGGAAGAAGAAAUGAAGACUGCCAGUUCAGGCUUUGAUGCAGGAAGCACUUACUACAAGAUGGCCUGUGCCACGUGUAGAGAAGAAAUUGGACGGAAAUAUAAGGGUGCUGUCAAUCACUUGGACUCAGCAAGAGGAAAAUACACUCUGUUUGUUGACAAGUUAUCCAGUUAUCAGAUUGGAAGCUAUGACAAGGAGAGAAGUGAAACUACAGACAUGUCUGACAUUCUCAGUGUGGCAAACAUCAGAGAUAUACAUGUUCAACUGUCUAAGCUGACAGCCAUAAUGCAGGGGAUGAAUGACCGAGUGCUGGCCUUGGAGCAGGGGUACCAGACAGGAGCGGGGGACGAUAAUAUGAGUGUGAAGAGUCUGUCCUAUCCCUGCAGCAGUUAUUCCAGUGUUCCCCCACGGUUCCUUUCUCCCACCCAUCAGCCUAAUCGAGUUUUUUCUACAGGACAAUUGCCAGUCACACAAAUUUGUAAUAGUGAAGGUCAUGGCCACAGCUUGAAAUCAGACGAGUCUAUUUUUAAGAGACCACAACUCCGACAUCCCCAACAGCAUCCAGGUCACCAUGACAACUAUCCGGAGAGUGUACAGAGUACAUAUUCCCACCUGGAGCACCUCCACAAGGUCGACCAGCAGGAGCGCCCCCUGGGAAUUGAUCCAGACGACAGCUUCCAGAGCCACAACAACUACGUCAGAAACAUUCACAGCAGCAAGACCAGGCAACAGAGACGCAACUCGCUGAAUCUGGAGACUGCACAGCACAAAGAGAACGUACCACAAAAUUUCAGAAGGGAAGAGUUGAGUCAAGGGUUUAGAGGGCAGAGAAACUUUAGUUCAGGUAGAAUGAGUGAGGACAGUAGAAUUAAAGAGGAGGAGGCAUCAAAUAAGGGAUCAACACCUCGAGGGAACUUAAAGAGAAAAGAAGUUCCCUCUGGUGACCCUCUGCAGGCCAUGAUGAGCAGACGACACAAGCGGAGAAUCUGAGUUGUCUUAGGGGUUGAUGAGGCAUAGGUUUAUUUCAGGGUAAUCAUAAUUAAAAUGAUCUGAAUGUUUCUUAUUUCACAAACCCU